AUGUCACCUGAUGGGUUUGUGGCUUGUUAUGCGGUUCUGUUGUCGAUGCAGGUAACAAGGUCAUUACAUAACACGAAAUUCAUAAUAUUUAGGCAUUAGGGGCCGUUGUUUCACUUUCGAGCACUGCUUAUUUGAUAAACCAUUACAAGAGUAAUGAGAUAAGCACUAAUGUAACGGAAGAUGCAGUAAGGUGGGCAGUGUACUUUAUUCCGCUCUCAAGUGUAUGGUAUGUUGCGAUGGCUACAGUAUGGAUCGUAUCUAUUGCACUUUCGACUUCUAUAAUAUGCAUCCGAUCUAAAGGGAGCGUAAUACCUAACAUAGUAGUUCUAUGCGUUGGUAUUAUCCUCAACCUUUUAGUCAUUGGUAAGGACACAGUUUUUUUCAAAUAUGUUUAGGGGUUUCAUUAGGUUAUAUACUCGACAUUGACAAAAGUGAACGAACCCACUCAAAAGGAAAUGUAACGAUAAUCUACAAUAUCGGACUAUUGGGAAUAGUACUGAUAAUUAUGUGUGCCAGUGUAAUAUCAUUGUGUUGUGUGCGACCAGUCAUUCCAGAAAGGAAUAAACCUAUACAGGUAAGCAAUAAACCAUUAAAAGUUAAUGUUCAGAUGGCGAAUAUUUUCGUUGAACAGCCAGUUGCCCCUAUACCAGUACAAAGGCCCCCAGACAUCAGCCCAGCAGAAAGAGACAAUCAGUUAAACAGGUUUUAUCAAAGUGAGAUAAUCAACAAUCAAUAA